AUGGAUGAGGAAUAUGUAAUUCCAGGGAGGUCACGGCGUAAUGCUCCAAUGAAGACAAAUUAUCAUCGUUAUCGUGUGGAGAUGUUUAUUCAUGUAAUUGAUGGACAACUUGUGGAACUAAAUGAUCGCUUCAACGAGGUAAGUACUGAGUUACUUACUUGUUUGGCAUGCUUGAGUCCGAAAAAUAACUUUGUAGCUUUUGACAAACGAAAGCUAGUUCGUCUUGCUCAAUUUUAUCCUUAUGAUUUUUCGGAUAGAGACUUAUUGAUGCUUGAAGAUCAACUUGGUGUUUAUGUUCAUCAUAUGUGUUCGAGUAGUGAUUUUUCUCAAUUUGAAUGGAUUAGUAGUCUUGCGGAAAAAAUGGUGCAGAAAGGAAUGCAUGAAAUAUUUCUUUAUGUGUAUUUGCUUCUUACAUUGGCUUUAGUUUUACCAGUUGCAAUUGCUUUAGUGGAGAGGGCAUUUUCCGCCAUGAAUAUUAUUAAAAAUCCACUUUGCAACAGAAUGGGAGAUCAAUGGUUGAUUGAUAGCUUGAUUGUUUACAUUGAGAGAUAUGUUUUUGCUUGUAUUGAUAACGAAAUUAUAAUGCAACAAAAAUUUCGGAACUUUUACACUAAGCCCCCUUGGCCACAUAAUCCUGGAUCCGCCACUGAAUGCAAGUAUUGUAGUGUUACUUAUGCUAGUGAUACUAAGAAAAAUGGGACUAGCAACAUGUAG